CGACAUAUCUCUUGGAGCUAGUAAUAUUUCUAGCUAAUACUCAGAUGAUGGUAAGGCUUGUUUUUCUCUUGUUAAAAUCCUUUGUGUGUGUUUUACUACGAAACGACUUUUUGAAUGUUUAGAUAAUUUACUAAAUCGUUCAAACGAUUUUAUUUUUAAUCGUAUUUGUAAACGACGUUUUAAAUCGUACAUAACGAUUUUUCAAAUCUUAUAAACAAUUUUUAAAAGGUUUAUACAAUUUACUAAAUGUGUAGAAACGACUUUUAAAAGAUUUACUAACUCGUACAAACGAUAAAAUGGCACGAAUACGCCAUCGUACGAGUGUACAAAUUGUUUCAAUCGGAAAUGGUUUUUGUGCGAGUUACCAAAUAUCUGUAACACCUAAAAUCACCCGACAGAGAAUGAUAAACAUAUUUUUGCAAUACUUUGUCAAAAAUUGUCCAUGAGCAGCGACUCCCCUUCAAGUACGACAAGUAGAGAGGCUGCCGGCUCAGCGGACUACUUUUCGAACACUGGCAUAAUAAUCUGGGACUCUUUGGUCGACGCACUUCUCGCCCUACGUUACGAACAGUACGAUGUGCAAAGCAAAUUGUUGUUGUUAUUAACGAUUUGGCUGUUUAUCAAUCUUAUUCUGAUUGUAGUUGCUUGGCUACGUUACGGAGAAAACAUCUGUGAAAAUCUUUAUCGACAUAAUAAAAACACAUCACAGCCAAACCAUGUCGGCCAUUAAGAAGUUUUUCCAGAAAAAGAAGCUAGAUGCCAAGUUUAAAAAGGCAGGAGGUGGACACCGGUUAGCGGAUGAUACAAGAUCUGCUCCAUCUUCUUCACGUCCACAGUCAGUCCAAACGCCACGGUCAGGUCUGACCCAGGAGGCCGCACGAGCCGCAGAGGCAGCCCUAAUGAGGACAACUAAAGCCCAAAAUAAACCAGAUCCAAACUCCAUUACUAAAGCCCGUAUGAGGAAGGAACUUGAGGAGGAGAGAAAAGCUACUGAACAAGCAAUGAAGCUGGCUGGCCAGUACAAGGAGGAGCCCAAGGACAUCGUCAAGGACUCGGCUCCUGUUCUCACCUGUAUAUUAUACACCUGUCCUGAUAUAGGGCCUGCAGUUUUGUCCAAAGAGGAGAUGAAUAAUUACAUUCAUGAGUUUCUACUGUCUCAGCUAGCAGAAGAACCCGAGAUGGCCUCAGCUCUCAUGAUUCAAACUCUAAACAAGAACAAAGAGAAAGUGAAAGUGUGUGUAGAAACCCUGACUAAAUACCUGAAUAACCUCAUCAGUGACCCAGAGGAGGAAAAAUUUCGCAGAAUAAGACUGUCAAACAAGGCCUUUACGGAGAGAGUGAGAGAUCUGGCUGGCACUGAUGAAUUCCUACAAGCUGUUGGUUUUAACAUUACUUCACUGCCGUUUGAAGAUGGGGAGACUGACUUUUAUGUAAUUGAUCAGGAGAUAGCAAAGGACUCGAGUCGCCUAGAAAACAUUAAAGAGAUCCUUCAAACAGCUGAGCCCAUUAGACCACAGCUUGAGAGAAAUCUGAAGGUUUACUACCCCUCGUCCGCAGCUUCUAAUUUUAAGAUACCUGAUGAGUUUUACAAUAUUUCUCCUGCAGAACUGAAGAGAGAACAACAAGCCCGACAAGAAGCCACAGAGAAGCUAGGGAUGCUGCGAACCAAGGCAAUGCGGGAAAGGGACGAACGGAGAGAACUGACUAAAUACCGAUUUGUCUUGAUCAGAGUCCGUUUUCCUGAUGUGCUGUUGGAGGGAACUUUUAAAGCUAAUGAGCCAUUUUCCUGUUUGGUUGAUUUUGUGAGGGAGAAUUUAGAGAAUGACUGGAUUCCGUUUCAAUUGAGCUCAGCAGGAGGGCAGAAACUGACGGACCAUUCUUUGACGUUAGCGGAGUUGGGUCUGGCACCAACAGCAGUUGUGAAUUUCUCCUGGGACCAGGAAGUGAUGGCUGAAGUCAGCGCACAGCUGGAAGGCAAGGGGAGUAACUCUUCUCUGAAACAAGAGAUCAUGGCAAGAAUUCAGGACUUGUAGAACUCUGUGUCUGAAUUUGCAUAUAAGAUUGCAAGUAGUUUGAUUAUCAGCAUGAUCAGAGAAAAUACUCCAAAGUGGAUAUUAUAAAAUCAACACAAUUCUGAUUGUAAAGAGAAGGCCUAGCAACUAUUUGUACAUACAUGUUUGCUGUAUAUAGCUUUAUCUUUCCUUCAGUUUAAUUCUUGCUAAUUUUAUUGUUGACAAAAAGCACAACAUUCAAACUGUAGUGAAUAAAACUUAGGCAUACCAUUUAUAUAGAAUGGACAUAAAUAAUGGAAUUAAAACUAUGUAGAAAUAUAGUUAAACACAAAGCAGUGAAAACAACCAGUAUUGUGUUAUACAAUACCUGCAAGUAUAGAUCACUGUAAUAUUACGGAUACAUGUUAUAGAACACUGUAAUAUUACGGAUACAUGUUAUAGAAAACUAAUAUUACGGAUACAUGUUAUAAAAAAACUAAUAUUCCGGAUACAUGUUAUAGAACACUGUAAUAUUACGGAUACAUGUUAUAGAACACUGUAAUAUUACGGAUACAUGUAAUAGAACACUGUAAUAUUAUGGAUACAUGUAAUAGAAAACUGUAAUAUUACGGAUACAUGUUAUAAAAUAACUGUAAUAUUACGGAUACAUGUAAUAGAACACUGUAAUAUUACGGAUACAUGUCAUAGAAAACUGUAAUAUUACGGAUACAUGUUAUAGAAAACUAAUAUUACGGAUACAUGUUAUUGAAAACUAUAGUAUUACAGCUUUCUGUAAUGUACUGUACAGAUGGAGAAGAGUUGAAUUAACUCCUAUUAACCCAGAAAAGGGAAGUCCCUUAAUUUCUUAAAGGGGCAUGGACACGAUUUGAGCUGAAAAUUUUCAAAUUUUAUUUUUCCAUUUUUAAUAUUUAAAAUGCUUAAAUAAGGCAUUUCUAAUGGUCAGCAAAACUUCGAAUGUCAGUUGUCGAGGUACAUGGGAGAUACAGAGCUCACAAUUCUUUGUUAUGUAAACAAGGCUCAUACCCUGUUUUUGUUUACAUACAUGUAUAAGCUAGAUAUACCAGUAAAAGUUCAUUUUAAGAUUUUUCAAUUUACAAGUUAAUUCUGAACAUAAUUCAAUAGUUUUCAAUGUUUAGCACAUAUUACUUUGUUUUAAACAUGCUAUUUUCUAUCAAGCAAUCUAUAUGUAAACAAAAACAUUGCACUAAGUCUUGUUUACUUAGCAAAUAAUUGUGAGUGCUGUAUCUCACUUUUAACUCAACAACUGAUAUUCAAAUUUUGGUUGACCAUUAAAAAUACAUUAGUUAAGCGCUUUAAACAAUAAAAACGGAAAAAUAGAAUCUUCAGCUAAACCGUGUCCAUGCCCCUUUAAUGUGAACAGUGGACUCCUACACAAACAGAUUUUUAUGUACAGCUGUUGAGUAGUUAGCAAAAAAUGUUUUCCUUGGAUUUAUAUCUUCCCUGUGUACAAGGAAGUUUGUUAUCUGUUUGUGACUGUUUAUUUGAUUAAGGGAGAUAUUGUUCAUAUUUGAUAGUCAGAGGUGAUGACUGACAUGAAGAAUCGUGACCGUUGUUAGUUCUCCCGUGUUAAGUGUUUUCUUACAUUUCGUUGUGGAUCUUAAAAUUAUGCCUUUUUUCACUUUUCCAGUUUUCAUGUCUAAAUCAGCAUGACAUUUAAUCUUUGUAUUUGAUUAUGUGUUGAAUAAAGAGAAGUCUUAACUGUUCAAAAAA